CUCACGGGAACUCUCACCUAUAAAUACCUCUAAUCUCGCAAACCCUAGCUCCCCUCGCGAGCCGGUUCUUCUUCUCCGUCUCCGUCUGCUCUUUCCUUACGAUCUCUGGGAACAUAAUCUUCUGCCAAGAUGGGGAAGACUCGUGGAAUGGGAGCUGGUCGCAAGCUGAAGUCUCACCGUAGGAGACAGAGGUGGGCUGACAAGUCAUACAAGAAGUCCCAUCUUGGGAAUGAAUGGAAAAAACCAUUCGCUGGGUCAUCCCAUGCUAAGGGCAUAGUUCUUGAGAAAAUUGGUAUUGAGGCUAAGCAGCCAAACUCUGCUAUCAGAAAAUGUGCCCGUGUUCAGUUGAUCAAAAAUGGCAAGAAAAUUGCUGCUUUUGUUCCCAAUGAUGGUUGCUUAAAUUUCAUUGAGGAGAAUGAUGAGGUAUUGAUUGCUGGAUUUGGUCGUAAAGGACAUGCCGUGGGAGAUAUCCCUGGAGUCAGGUUCAAGGUCGUGAAGGUAUCUGGUGUCUCCCUCCUAGCUCUCUUCAAAGAGAAGAAGGAGAAGCCAAGGUCUUAGACAGCACUCACGGCCCUAGUUUGCCAUUUAGUCAGAGCGUUAGCUUUUCUAUUCCUGUAUGGGCAAAUUUUGUGAACAAAUUUUAAUUUAAAUCAAGCCUUGAAUCUGUUUGUUCAAACAAGAUCUUUUGGAUUUGUGGUUUUAGUGAUGAUAUUUUUCAUAUUAAGGUAAUUUUGUUGAUAUUA